CAAUAAUCGACACGUUGCAUUUACUAAUUUGGCCAAUCAAAGCCCGAAACUCCCUGCUCCCGAUUUUUCAACUGACGCGAUCCUCUCGAGAGUUGAGAAGGCGGGAGAGAGGCAAUCAGGAUAAUAUAUAAGGCGGGAGUUGGGAGAAUCCACUCACUUCAUUGAGAGAAGUUUUGUGUGGUGAUUAUUAGAAAAAAAAAAUGAGUGGUUCAGGCAAACCACUUUUGGGUUUGUGGUUGUACCGAAGCGGCGAAGAAUGGGAUUACAAGGAGGAAAGUCCGAUUGCAUUAAAGAAUCAGACGUCUGACUCCAAAGACGCCGUAGAAAUCGAAAAAAUCUCGAUAAUAUUCACGUUGAAAAAUCAAGUUGGAGGCUUGGUGAGCGCUCUGCAAGCUUUCCAAGAUUUGGGCAUAAGCGUGCAGCAUAUCGAAUCCAGACCGAGUCAGUGCAGCGAAAAUCAAGUCGAUUUUUUGGUUGAUAUCGAAACUGACACGAAAAAAUUGGAACAGUUGGGUCGAAUGCUUAAGAGAGAAGUCUUGACAAUGGUAAUCGGGUCUUAUGGUACUGGUACUGAACAUUUUCCACCUCCAACGCCGUUGAGUGCCACCACAAGCUUCGACUUUGACGAAAUGCCGUGGUUCCCGAAAAAAAUCUCAGAAAUAGACAACGCUCAGAAUGUUCUUAUGUACGGCAGCGAACUCGAUGCAGAUCAUCCAGGUUUCAAGGACCCAAUUUACCGAAAAAGGCGCGAACAAUUUUUCAGAAUCGCCAUGAACUAUAAACAUGGCCAACCAAUCCCGAAAGUCAAAUACACCGACGAAGAAGUGAAAACUUGGAGCGUGGUGUUUCGCGAACUCCAGAAACUCUAUCAACAGCACGCCUGCAAAGAGUACCUGGAAAAUUGGCCGCAGCUGGUCAAGUACUGCGGCUAUCGCGAGGAUAACGUGCCGCAAUUGCAAGACGUCAGCGUUUUCCUCAAAAGAAAAACCGGGUUCCAGCUGAGGCCCGUCGCCGGAUAUUUGAGUCCGAGAGAUUUUCUCAGCGGAUUGGCUUUCAGAGUUUUUCAUUGUACUCAGUAUAUUCGACAUUCGAGCGAUCCGUUUUAUACACCAGAACCUGACUGUUGCCACGAACUGUUAGGUCAUAUGCCGCUCCUAGCCAAUCCCAGCUUUGCACAGUUUUCUCAAGAGUUGGGAUUGGCCAGCCUUGGAGCUUGCGACGACGACGUCGAAAAAUUAGCCACACUUUAUUUCUUCACGGUAGAAUUUGGUUUGUGCAAACAAGACGGUGAACUCAAAGUGUACGGAGCCGGUCUUCUGAGCAGCGUUGCUGAGCUAAAGCAUGCGAUAGCGAAUGCGGAAACUAAAGUGAAAAGAUUCGAUCCCGAUCUGACUUCGAAGCAGGAAUGUAUUAUUACUGAUUAUCAGUUGGGGUAUUGGUAUACUGAUAGUUUUGAGGAAGCUAAAGAGAAAAUGAGGACUUAUGCUGAACAAAUCCAACGUCCUUUUGGUAUUCGUUACAACCCAUACACUCAAACAGUCGAAGUACUGAGUAACGCUCAGAAAAUUACUGCAGUGGUCUCAGAAUUGAGAGGGGAUCUUUGUAUAGUCAAUAGUGCCCUGAAGAAAAUCAGUGCCAGGGAUUCUACGCUGGACGUCAACAGGAUUGCUACAUUGCUGCAAACUGGUCUGACUACUGAAAAUAAUUAUCAUAAUUUGGAGAAUUGUGGAGAGGAAAAUGGAGAGUUGAAGAAUUAAAUUAUUGCAUUCCUAUAUUAGACAAAUGACUUACCUAUUGUAGCUUUAUAUGUGAUAUGUGAGUAUAUGUAAAUAAAAUGUGCAAAGUAGUGUGAAUUAGGUGAAAUUUUUGUUGGGUCUAGUUAGCAAUUUUGAGGUUUGUGAGGUUGCUGAAGGUUGGGUUAGCUUCAAUCUGAAUAAGUGGUGUGAUUGUAGGCCUCUACUGGGAAUAUUUUGACACCCACCUGCAGCCGUAAUUACAGGUGAUAGGUAAAAGGUGUAAAUACAAAAGUUGUAGCAUUUUA